GCAAUAAGCCAUGCACACGGCCAUGGCGACUGGCAUGAAGAUGACCAGAUUGAGUCCGUAGCGUGUGUGUCCCCCAGCGUGAGCCCGUGGUUGCGUUCGUGAAGUGGAGGAGCUGCAUGCGGGGAGCCGUUGCGAUCUGUUGGAGUCAGGUGCGGCGUGCGCGCGGCUGGAGGGAGUUAGUUGCAAGCUAGCUAGAUGGUUGGCCCGGCGGGUCAUGUGGUCAUGCAUGGGCUAGCCCGGCGGGUCAUGUGGUCAUGCAUGGAUAUGAAUCCUGCAUGUAGUGGUUAGCUUAGUGCGUGAGUUAGUUGCCGGGUGUGCCAGCCGUGUGGUGUGUGUGCACGGGUAUAAAAAACCCUCCUCCGUAUAUUGAUCGAGUUGCGCCGGUGUGGAGCCGAGGGUAGCCAUGUAGCCACUGUAAAGAGGAAAAGGAUUGGGGCGUUCGUGCGUCCAUGGCGGCGUUUGUGCGCCGGCCCGAAAUUUCUUGUGUCUUGUGUCUUCUUCUACCUUUAGCCGUGUGUGAGAGAGGAGGCUGCGGUUCCAACAAUUGGUAUCAUGAGCUUAGUGUCUUGGGCGUGCUUGCCGUGACGGAGGCGUGGCAGCGAUGGCGGCGCUCGCCGGUGGCUGCACGACGGAGCUCCGGGCCGUGUGUGGGCCCAAGGAGGUGGGCGGCGUUGUGGCUGUCAUGGUGCGUGGCGGAGGCGGCGGGCGGUGACGUCGUACGUGCGGCGACCGCGGAGGCCGGCGAGGCGCUGCGUGGUGGCGCAGGGGCGCAGCAUGGCGUGGAGGCACUACAUGGCGGCAUGGAGGCCGCGGCGGUGCAGGGCAAUAAGCCGUGGCGGCGAGCCGGGCGCGACCGGUGCGUGUUAUGGGUGCGCACUGGACGUGUCGGGACCGCGGGCGCGCGGUGAGCGUUUGGUGCAGUCGGACUCGUCGAGCGCGUCGGAUGCGCGCGGGACGUGCGGGACGCACUGGUGUGGUCGGGCUCGUCGGGCGCGUCGGAUGCGCGCGGGACAUGCGGGACGCACUAUUGCGGUCGGGCGCGUCGGGUGCGCGCGAGACAUGCGGGGCGCCGAGGGACGCCAGGCAUGUGUCGCCGGCGGAGAAGGAGCUCGGCGUGUGUCGCCGGAGUCGUGACGGAGCACGAUGCGACCGGCGUCGUUGCGCCAGGUCGGGUCCGCGGACUGGGUCACGGUCGUGGCGAGAUCGAUGACGGGAGGUGCAACAACUCCGACGACGACGAUGUCAUGGCUUAGGGGGUGAGUGAUGGCAAUAAGCCAUGCACACGGCCAUGGCGACUGGCAUGAAGAUGACCAGAUUGAGUCCGUAGCGUGUGUGUCCCCCAGCGUGAGCCCGUGGUUGCGUUCGUGAAGUGGAGGAGCUGCAUGCGGGGAGCCGUUGCGAUCUGUUGGAGUCAGGUGCGGCGUGCGCGCGGCUGGAGGGAGUUAGUUGCAAGCUAGCUAGAUGGUUGGCCCGGCGGGUCAUGUGGUCAUGCAUGGGCUAGCCCGGCGGGUCAUGUGGUCAUGCAUGGAUAUGAAUCCUGCAUGUAGUGGUUAGCUUAGUGCGUGAGUUAGUUGCCGGGUGUGCCAGCCGUGUGGUGUGUGUGCACGGGUAUAAAAAACCCUCCUCCGUAUAUUGAUCGAGUUGCGCCGGUGUGGAGCCGAGGGUAGCCAUGUAGCCACUGUAAAGAGGAAAAGGAUUGGGGCGUUCGUGCGUCCAUGGCGGCGUUUGUGCGCCGGCCCGAAAUUUCUUGUGUCUUGUGUCUUCUUCUACCUUUAGCCGUGUGUGAGAGAGGGCUGCGGUUCCAACAAUGUGUCCAUGGAGUCUCCACUGUUUGGCUUGCUCUCCGACAGGGCAGCCCCACAUCCACCCCCGGCCGCGCCAUAAUAUUAUGGCACCUCUCCGGGGGAGGGAGCUGCCUGAUUGAUUGCCACAUUGUGUAUAUCCACUUCCAGUCUCAUUUGUGGGUUCUCUCUUGUACCUGAGGUAGCUAGCCUGUCGACCGGCGCCGGUCGCGACAUGGACAUGGGGAGGGGGAUGGGGAUGGGGAUGGGGAGGGGGAUGGACAGGGAGGAGGGGCUCAACCUCAGCUUGUCACUGCAGCGGUCGCCUUCGUCGCCGCCGAGGUUCCAGGCGGUGUUCGCCUGCUGCUACUGCCCCAGGAAGUUCAGGAGCUCUCAGGCUCUCGGCGGCCACCAGAACGCGCACAAAGUCCAGCGCAACCUGGCCAGGCGAGGCCGGGACGCCACCACCGCGCUGUCGUUGGCGGCAGCAGGAGAGCAAGGUAAGGCCGCCGUCGAUGACGACAGCGCUCCGCUGCGCCUAGCGGACCCUGACGCCGCCGACGCGUGGGGAGGAGGGAGGGUCUACCCUCCUCAUCGCCAGCAGGGCUCGGGAGCAGCCUCGUCCGGUGCGGCAAGAGGCAACGAAGAGCUUGCGGAUGAGAUGAUUGACCUGUCCCUGAAGCUAUGAUCGCUCGAUGCAGGAGCAUGGGCUAGCUAGCUUGGCCCGAGCGGCUUGAAGUUCCCCUCUUCCAUUUGUUUCAUUUCUGCGCGUCAUUUCUUGUGUGUGUUUCUGCUAUCGCUUAUCAGGUUAAUUAUUGUUGUUGGCUGGGGCUUGAAACUGUACUCGAUCUUUAGGUAUCUCCAUGCAUGGAUUAUUACCUACACUGAUCAGAAGCCUUUUAUUGA